CAGCAAGGCUUGUGUGACUCUCUGACAGCGCGUCCGCUAUGAAAGCAAUAGCUCUUUUGACGCUCUCCUCUUCGGCGCUAGCAGCCUGUGAGCCCCCAGCAUGCAAGAUGGUGAAGCUGCAGCCUCUGACUCACAAAAACGAAAGUCAAACAUGUCGGUCCCUUGGAAGUCUAGUCGAUUUUCCUCUCCGAACAGGGGUUCCUCACUUCCAUGCUAGUGAGUCGGAUGGUAGUUCCAUCACUGAUAUUCUGUGGACAUUCUUGGGGAAGUCUCCACCAAGUACCGAAGGCAGUAGAAAUAUAGAAGCAUAUUGAAGCAAUGAGUAUUACUGAAAAACCAGGGUCCAGGACCCUACAAGUUUGUUGUGUUUUUUUUAAUAUAUCGGUUUCUCUGAGUUUUGGCGCCGAUCUAAUCUGGCCAGAUCAAUUCUCUUCCGGGUUUGUUGUGUGAGGGGCGGGCAUGUUGGAAAGGAAAGACUAGUUACUAGGUUGGCUUGACGUCAUGUUUCUUGGAUACCAGUUCAAUUAAGGAGCUUAUACAACAACAUCCCCUGGUGCCGUGCCCUCCAGCAUCAAAGAAUCACAACGGCUAUAUUGUGCUGAUGUGGUCAUUGAUUGAACACAUUUAGACACAUUAUCAAGAAUUGUCUUCUCUUCGGGGGUAUUAACAAUGUCCGCCUCCGCAGACAAUGCGUUCUUCUCUGCCAUAUUUCAUUGAAAGUUUCAUUGAACUCGUUAAACAGUUCUCAGGAACCCUCCAUGCAAACCAUUUCCAUGAUGAGAUGUUUUGUGCUUUUGGGUUGAGCAAGGGACACUUGACACCCAAGUCAACUUGCCUGGACACUCUUGACAGGGACGGAAGAUGCCGGAAGAGCUAUGCCGCGCUGCUGCAAGUGCGGGGCCAUUUGGAGCGCCACAUAGAGGGCGACAACUUUCAGCUGCUAGCAAACGAAGAUGGUAACUGCCUGGAGGCCUCCAAUGCAGCGAUGAACGGCAUUUGGCCGAGCAUGGAGGCCUGUGAUGCAGAGAACUCCUUGCAACAUUGGCGCUAUGAACAGAGCACCGGCUUAUUACAUCACAUCGGUGGCCGUUGCUUGGAUGCUUCCCAGCGGAGCCACCGGAACGGUCGCAUCCAUUUGUGGGAGUGCAGCGAGACCAACAAGAACCAAAUCUGGGACUGGCUGGACACGAAGCAGCUGAAGAAUCGCUAUGGACUUUGCAUGGAUGCGCCCCAUCCACACACUGAGGGUUCAAGGGUACACAUGUGGACCUGCAGGAAUGACCUCAGCAAUCAGCGGUGGCACUUCCAAGAGCUCGCGACGAGCUCCACGAGCUCCACGACGAGCUCCACGACGAGCUCCACGAGCUCGUCCACCCAGGCCUCCACCUCCACGUCCACUGCAACGUCAACUAUGCAGACGUCCAGCACCACUCCCGCAACGACCACAGCGACCACAACACCUCAACCACUCACAGCUGUCAGAAACUGCCAACUUGAACCGUUAGUUGAAGGCUCUGGAUGCAAACGUGUUGCUGUCUACCAGGGCGACGCUUACGACCUGGGCGAGAACGGCCAAGAGACCCAAGCGAGGCACCGGUGUCUCCAGCAGUUGCGUGGCCAUAAGGAGGCUGACAGCUUCGUGCACAUGCUGGGCCGCUGCGAGAUUUGGAGAUGUGCGACCCGCGCACGCUUGAGGAUGUCGGCAGGCCCCGGAGGAGGCUUGAGUUCCUCACCAGAGGCCAUCACCCUGGUGGAUGCGCUAGGGCACUAUGUGACGCUGCGAGAGGACAAUCACCUCGAGGCAGUGGAGGAGUCCUUUGUUCCAGAAGCACUUUUCUACUUGAAGAAGGUGCGGAGUGGCCAGUACACCUUGAGGGCUGCAAAUGGACUCUUUCUGAAGGCAACUCCUCAAGGAACCUUGGUGGCAGAGACGCAUCACUGGGAUGAUUGGGAGGUCUUCACGCGAGUGGAGGAAGUCGAUGGAAAGGUGGCGUUCAAAAGCUUCCACAACUCCUAUAUCUCUGUGAACCCCGAGGGCUACCUCUUCGCAGGCGGCCGGCGCGACGCCGCACCGCUCACGCUGGCGAACCGCUCCCGGGCGGCCUGGGACGAAGCGACGAGUGUUUCCCAGCCGAUGAAGCUCGUGUCGGAGAUCUUCGAUCACGCGAUUUGUGCCUGGCCUUCGAGUGUGGCCAGCGUCCGAUGCUGUUCCAGCGAACGGGUGGUGCCGGAGGAGAGCUAUGGCUGCUACUGGAAUGAGACCUUCGCUGGUGCGCAGCAGAUUUGUGCGCAGCAAGGUUUGACGCUUUGUGCACCAGAGUUGCUGAAGAGCUGCCAGGGCUGCGGCACAUGUGGCUUUUCUGGGCUGAUUUGGAGCUCCUCCCCUUGCUCGGCAUCAGAAAGCUUGACGCAGCGUCGCUUCAACCAGAGGAACGACCGUGCCAGUGUUUUCAGCAGCCUUUGUCCCUACGAGCCGAAGAUGGGUGGCCGACACGGUCAAGAGCUCCGGUCCUCGGUGCUGGUGAAGCUCAUGGAGUGGAACUACAACGAUGUCGCCAAAGAAUGCACCGAGUUUCUGGGCCCCAAUGGCUUUGAGGCGGUGCAGGUGGCACCAGUCACAGAACACAUCUUGGGAUACCAGUGGUGGGUGAAGUACCAGCCGGUCUCCGCAGGACUGGACUCCCGGAGCGGCACCGAAGAAGAGCUCCGGCAGAUGGUGGCCACCUGCCGUGCUGCAGGAGUGCAAGUGAUCGUCGACAUCCUGUUGAACCACAUGGCCUCUCCCUGCAAGCAAGCCAAGAAGAAAAGUAAGUCAGGAGAGCUGGAAGAGAUGCCGUGCCGGGGCUGGGCUGGUAGCAAGUUUGGAAGUCGACGGCAGCAAGGGGCACGCGGAUGGGAUGCUGCGGGGCCAGAGCACUUCCAUCACCAAGCGGCCUCGUUGGAACAGCCCUUCUGUAAGGUCGGUCCACAAACGGGUUGGCUUUGCCCAGAGGACGACUGCACACCUUGCGAUAUGUACGAGCUUCCGGAUUUCAACACCGAAUUACAAGAGGUGCGAGAUAUGCAAUUCAAGCAUUUGGAGGAACUCUACCACAUUGGGAUCACCGGACUCCGGGUGGAUGCGGCCAUCUAUCAUCAUGUCUAUGAGCUGGCCGACAUGCUGAAUCGGCUUCCCUGGGACUUGAUCUACCAAGAGUGGUGGGGCGAAUACCCUCCGCAAGAUCGCACCGAUUAUGUCGGCUUGUAUCGUGACGUCGCUUAUAGAUGGCACCUGGUGAAUCGUUUGAGCAACCUCAACGCCUCUGAGCUACCGCAGCUGCUGGAGCUGGAGGGCGGUGUUUUCGGCAUCAGCCAAGACAUGGCGGUGUACCCUUUCGCAUACCACGAUGGGAGAAGCAAAGAUGCCGACCCGGAGAUUGCGACAUACAAGAAUGGAUUGGCAUUCCACCAGCAGCAGAAGUUCUUUCUGUCCUGGCCCGUCGGAAAUUCGGUGCUGAUUUGGGGCGGCUAUGGCUGGCGCGACUUGAGCCAUGGGCCUCCGGGCUGUGACCGAGCUGAUGGGGAUCACUGCUCACCCAAGCCGGUCUAUGACGCGAAUGGCCUGCCGCAGUGUUUGCGCGCCCCUGAGCUUUCACCGCUGCCACGCACAGCAGCACGAGAGCGGCGAUGGAUUUGUGAGCAUCGAUGGCAGGGUGUAGCAGGCCUGGUGCACUUUCGGAAGGCUUGUCGUGGACAUGAAGUCACCCAGACCUGGGGAAGCGACGGCGAGUCCGCUCUGGGUCUGGGGCGCCUGGCCUUCCGCUUGGGCCGCGCCUGCUUCGUCGCGCUGGUGCGGGGCCGACGCCUUGGAGAGCCUGAAGAUGUGAAGGUGGUGGGCGUGGGAGGCACUUGGGAUCUGAAAGGGCUUCACAUUGGUGUGCCUGCAGGCUGCUAUUGCGACCUCUCCUCUCUGGAGACCCAGAAGGGCUGGGACAUGAGCAGCUGCCCACGCCAAGUGCGUGUCAACGGUGCUGGCGAGGUCGUAGAAGGCCAUGUGGCAGAAGGCGAGAUCUUGGCGAUUCACAGUGGAGCCCAGCUGAGGCCGAAACCGCAUACCCACUGAUGGGUGGCCGAGGCUGACUGCAGGUGCGAACGGUGAGCCAUUGGGAGCCUGGAAGGCACUGGAAGGCGGAUCGACUCAAGAGAACCUGGGAGCAGCAUUGAGGAUUUAGAAGUGGACAUCUCCUUCGGAUGGUGACAGGAGCACCACAGCCAAGCGCUUGCUAUAGCACCCUGAGUCAUCGGCGCAGGUCAGUAGCACGAGCCACAUUUCUUUCUGCCCAAAGUUGUACAAUUGUUGGCAGUUUGCUCGUGUUUUCAAGAGCCAGAGGAAUUGUGGCAAAUGGUGGCAAACGC